UGUCUUACCACCACUACACCCACCCCCGACACACACACACACCGAACCCCACCCACCGAACCCUGUUCGUAUCUGUCCUGGGCUUCCUCUCCGCCUAGGUACUUGGAAUUCUCUGCCUGGUCCUGUCACCAGUGACUCGCUGCUGCGGGGAGCUCUGCACUGUGGACUCGGGGUCCAGGAACAGGAAAUGGUUCCAAGAAUUGAACUCAAGACAUCAAGCUUGCUGAGACAUAAUUUUUAUUUUAAAAAUAAUUAUUUUUAUGUGUGUUUCACCUUCAUGUAUCUGUGAAUCAUGGUUCUGUAUCAUUUGAGGACAUCUCUUUGGAUUUCACCUGGGAUGAGUGGCAUGCUCUUGAUGCUGCUCAGAGGUCACUCUACAGGGAUGUGAUGCUAGAGAACUAUAGCAGUCUCAUGUUCUUGGGAUACUGCAUGACCAAACCUGAGUUGAUCUUCAAGUUGGAGCAUGAAUUUGAGCCAUGGACUAUAGUGGAAGCCUCUAUCCAGAGCCUUCCAGGUGUUCAUAAAGUGUCUACUCCAAUUGAGAACCACCAGGAAUAUCACAAGGGACUUUUGUGGCAAGUUGAAAUCACCAACAGCCAGACAUCAAAUGAAGAAAUUGUUGAAGCAGAACUGAAUGUGGCACAGAAAUUCCACCAAAGUUCAGCAUCUUAUGAAGGGAAAGGAUGUUUGAAGAUGUUUUGCCAGCAGUCACAGGACACAGAGGAUCAGAGGACACACACACAUAAGAAACAUUUCAGUUUUAACUCACUUCUCAACAACUGUCAGAGACUUAAAGUGGAGACACCCUGUACACAUAGAGCAUGCAAGAAUGCAUUCUCUUUGAAGUCACAUGUCAUUGAACAGCAGACACGUCAUAUAGGUGAGAAGCCAUAUGAAAGUUCAAGAUGUGGGCAAGCUUCCCACAUCAGUUCUCAGCAUCAGAUCACUCAUACAGAGAAGCCCUACAAAUGUCUGGAAUGUGGGAAAUAUUUCUACUACAAGUCACAAAUCACUGAGCAUCAGAGAAGUCACACAGGUGAGAAGCCACAUGAAUGUACAGAAUGUAGGAAAGGUUUUUACUAAAAGUCACAACUCACUCGACACCAGAGAAGUCAUACAGGGGAGAAGCCCUAUGAAUGUAUUAAAUGUGGAAAAUCUUUCUACUGUAACACACAUCUUUCUCUACACCAGAGGAUUCAUGAAAGUGAGAAACCUUAUGAGUGUACAGAAUGUGGGAAAGCUUUCUCUUUUAGUGCAUGGCUCACUCGACAUCAAAGGACUCAUACAGAUGAGAAGCCAUAUGAAUGCAUACAAUGCCCCAAAGCAUUCUACUUUAAAAAACAACUUACUUGUCAUCUGAAAACACAUACUGCUGAGAGGCGCUUUGAAUGUAAGCAAUGUGGGAAAGCGUUCUACUGGAGGUCUAACCUUACUUUGCAUCAUAAAACUCAUACUGGUGAGAACCCUUAUGAAUGUAAGCAAUGUGGAAAAGCAUUUUACUGCAAGUCCCACCUCACUGUACAUCAGAGAACUCAUAUAAGUGACAAGCUCUAUCAAUGUACAGAAUGAAAGAAAGCAUUCUACUCUCAGACACAGCUUACUGUACAUCAGAAAACUCACACUGAUGAGAAGCCCUAUGAAUGUAAGCAAUGUGGGAAAGCAUUCUCCAGUAAGUCUGAACUUAAUGCACAUCAGAAAACUCAUACAGGGGAGAAGCCCUAUGAAUGUAAAGAGUGUGGAAAAGCAUUCUAUAACAAGUAUUUGCUAAUUGAAUACCAUUGAGUUCAUACAGGUGAGAAGCCAUACCAAUGUACAGAAUGCAAGAAAGCAUUCUAUUGCAAGAAGUAUCUUUCUCUACAUCAGAAAACUCAUGCAAGUGAGAAGUCAUUUCAUUGUGCAGAAUGUGGGAAAGCUUUUUCCUGGAUGUCACACCUCAUUCAACAUCAGAGAAUUCAUACAGGUGAGAAACCCUAUACGUGUGAACAAUGUAGGAAAGCAUACUACUUCAAGAAGCAACUCACUUGACAUAAAAGAACUCAUAAACAUGAUAAAUCACUGGAUGUAAAUAAUGCAGGACAUUUCAUGGUAAAUAAAACUUCUCUGUGUAUGAAAGAACUCAUAGGAGAGACCUUGUAACUCCACCCAAUGCAGAAAUUUUUCUUCCUGAUGUCACACCUCACUCAAAGUCAAAUGAGAAAGCCUAAGAAUUGAAAGAAUCCAUGAAAUCUUACUAAAGUACGUAAUCAGAAAGCUUGCAGGUAAGAACCUGAUUAAUGUACAAACUAUGGGCAAUUUCUGAUGUAAGUCAGAUGUCACUCUGCCAGUGAACACAUACCACAAUGAGGCAUACAACUAAGAUUGUUGGAAGGGGUGGUACCAUAGUGUUCUCUGUAAGAGAAGCCAUACAUGUGAAUGUCUCCUAUGAAGUUAAAAAAUGUAGAAAAGCUGUGUCAUUCUUCAGUUUACUUGAGUAUUUUGUAGGUGAGUAAUACCUAAUGUAAAGAAUGGAGGAAAGCUUUCUAACAUUAAACUCCAUGAAUUCACACCUGAAAACUUAUGCAGGUGUGGGGCCCGAUGAAAUUAAAAUAGACAGUUUUUGAAAUAGAAUUUAGGCCUCUACAUUAGCAACUUCAUCUCUGAUAUGCCAGGUACAGCAAAAAGUACAGUGUUUUCAAUUCUAGAUCCUCAUCCUGCAAGUUUAUUGAGACACCUUAGCAACAUAUGUUAUCAUUGCAUAUGGUUAAAAGCCUUCUUGAAGCACCCCAUGUCAUCACAACCCAUGUGUUUAAAACACUAAGUAUAUGAAGAAUGCCAAAACUUUUAAUUAAAUUUGAAAUUCAUCUGGAAUUAGAAACCCAACAGAGGUGAUUAAGCAGGGGAAUCCAAUUUGAAACCAUGUCAGUAGUCCAUCUGAGUUUAUUACAAAGAUUCACCAACAAAUCAUAGAUGUAAGGAUUCUAGAAGAGGCAUUCAUCCAUGCUCCCACCAUACCAGCCGUCAGAUAACUUAUGAAAGUGAGAGUACAUUUGAAGUUUAAAAGUGAACUUGUCUUAGUUGUGACUCAGUGGCAAUAAGCAUAUGAAUUGUGUACUAUGUGUAUUUACACAUAAAAGUUUUGAUGUGUUGUCUUAGAAUGUUUACAUUCAUGGGGCAUUUAUAUCAGUUAAAAUUGUCUACACGUUUUAAUGUCUCAUCAUCAGACAUGAACAUUUUGAAUGUGUCACAUUUGUAUAAUUGUUUAGUUUGGAGACAAAAUCUUGAUGUGUAGCCUUAGUGUCUUCUGGCUUCUGCAUCUGCAUAGUUAUAUACCCACACAUGGAAACAGAACAUGUACACACAAUAGAAAAAUGCCAAUAUUUUAUGUUAGGAAAUUAUGUAUUAGUAUAUAUCAUUGUCACAUUAAUGUUCAAAUUAAAUUAAAAUGUUCAACUAUAACCCAAUAAAGAAACAUAAUAAUAAUAAUGUUCCUUGCCAAUAUCCAUCAGGCAAGUUUUUAUUUAUUUACUUAUUUGUUUAUUUAUUUUAGGUUUUCAUUCGUUAUUGUAAUGCUUUGGAUCAAAACCAUAGACUCAGGCAUUGUAGGCAAGUGCUGUAUCCUGAGUUAUAGGUCCCUGGACAACAUUUUAAUGUAUUUCUUGUUAUCACUGGGACUUUGUGUUGAAACUAACCAAUUAAAGGCCACACAUACAUAAGUA